AUGUCUCGAUUAAGGGUUCUCAUCGUGGGUGCCUCCAUCGCUGGACCUACAGCAGCGUACUGGUUUACCAAAGCUGGAGCCAAGGUCACGGUGAUCGAGCGCUUCCCAGAGCUACGUACUGACGGACAUAAUGUUGAUAUCCGUGUGGCAGGCGUCACAAUUAUGCGCAAGAUGCCUGACCAACUGGCGAUCCUGACAAGCAAUCCACUCAUAUCCGAAUAUGAGAUCUUUCGAGGUGAUCUAUCACGAAUCCUUUACGAUAUGACCAAAGAAAAUAAGGACGUUAAAUAUGUUUUUGGCGAACAAGUCGCCUCCAUCCAGCAAGACCCAAGUGAAGAUGGGCCCGUGACGGUCGAAUUCACGGGCAGUAUGCCGACUGCACAAUUUGACCUUGUCGUGGCAUGUGAUGGAGCGACUUCGAGAACGCGAUCUAUCGGCUUGGCUGUGGUUCCCGCGACCAUGUUGUCCCCACAAAUAGCUGGGGAGCCUAUUUCAGUACUGAUCAAGAUCUCUGUGAUGGUAGCAAGAAUCGGUCAUGCGCAUAGUGCUGUCGGGGGUCGCUUUAUGGCUGUCGGAGUUAAUCCAGCCGGUGGAACUAGAAUUAUCUUCAUGGGUUGCAAUUCACGCUCCGAUCUAGAGAGCAUAUUACCCUUCCGGAAAGCCAUGAAAGAAGGAGAUGACGCAGUCAAGAAUUAUAUCAGUCAGCACUAUCAGGGCGUGGGGUGGAAGGCGAAUGAAGCCGUACGGUCCAUAUUGGCAUCUGGUGAUUUCUAUGCAAUUGAGUUUGUGCAGGUCAAAACUUCCACUCUGUCCAAGGGACAUUUCGUUCUUGUGGGGGAUGCGGGUUAUGCACCGGGACUUACUGGUACUGGCACAACUCUCGCCAUUGCUGGUGCAUAUUUGCUAGCUGGUGAGGUCUGCAAGCAUGAGGGGGAUAUUGAUGCGGCACUCAGAGGUUAUGAGACGCAAAUGAGGCCGCUCAUCAAUGAUCUGCAGAAAAUAUCACCGCUGAUCCAUUCUUUUGUACAAUAUGCAGUACAAUAUGCAGUAUAUUUUCUUCUAAAUCGUUUACUUGAACAUACAUGUAUACAAUAA